AGAGCGCGCGCGCGCGCGUGCACGCCCACCAGUCGGUCAGCGUGCUGCUGGCCCUGCCCGCCUGCCAGAGAGGGGAGUCGCGAGCGCUGCUGGGAACUACAUGGUGCUCAAUUUUUCAAGAUGUCGUCGCUGGAACAGAGGCUGUCGCGGAUCGAGGAGAAGCUAAAGCAGGAAAACGAGGAUGCUCGCCGGAGAAUCGACCUCAACAUCGACAUGAGUCCACAGCGGACACGUCCUAGGCCGAUCAUCGUGAUCCAGCUCAGUCCUGCUCCAGCCCCCUCCCAGCGUGCAGCGCUCCAGCUGCCACUGGCCAACGAUGGAGGCAGUCGUUCUUCGUCUUCAGAGAGCUCUCCUCAGCACCACCCCUACCCCAGCCGCCCACGACACAUGCUCACCCUGCCCACACCUCCUUAUGGCCUACAGAAAAGUCUAGAGAAUGCAGAAAUUGACCAGAAAUUGCAGGAGAUCAUGAAACAGACAGGUUACCUUAAGAUCGACGGCCAGCGGUAUCCGGCAGAAGUGACAGACCUGAUCAGUGAGGGGGAGAUUGGCAGCGGGACAUGUGGACAGGUCUUCAAAGUCCGGUUCAAGAAGACGGGUCAUGUCAUAGCUGUCAAACAAAUGCGCCGCACAGGAAACAAAGAUGAGAACAAGAGGAUCUUGAUGGACCUGGAUGUGGUGCUGAAGAGCCACGACUGCCCUUACAUCAUCCAGUGCUACGGUGCCAUUGUUACUAACACAGAUGUAUUUAUUGCCAUGGAGCUGAUGGGAACAUGUGCUGAGAAGCUGAAGAAGAGAAUCCAAGGCCCCAUUCCAGAGCGAAUCCUGGGAAAGAUGACUGUGGCAAUAGUUAAAGCGCUGUUGUACCUAAAGGAGAAACACGGCGUCAUCCACCGGGAUGUCAAACCCUCUAACAUCCUCCUGGACGCUAAAGGUCAGAUAAAACUGUGUGACUUCGGUAUCAGUGGAAGACUUGUCGAUUCCAAGGCUAAAACCCGCAGCGCUGGCUGUGCGGCCUACAUGGCGCCUGAAAGAAUAGAUCCUCCAGAUCCCACCAAACCCGACUAUGACAUCCGAGCAGAUGUGUGGAGCCUCGGCAUCUCCCUGGUGGAGCUGGCCACAGGCCAGUUCCCCUACAAGAACUGUAAGACAGACUUUGAAGUUCUGACCAAAGUGCUGCAGGAAGAUCCUCCUUUGCUGCCUCUUAGCAUGGGAUUCUCCCUUGACUUCCAGUCAUUUGUCAAAGACUGCCUUACAAAGGAUCACAGGAAAAGGCCAAAAUACCACCAGCUUCUGGAGCAUAGUUUCAUCCGCCGCUAUGAGGUGCUGGAUGUGGACGUGGCGGGUUGGUUCCAGACGGUCAUGGAUCGCACCGAGUCACCUCGCAGCAGUCAGUGUUACAGCCAUCAGCACCAGCUCCACUCGCUCUUCAGUAGGUAGCCUAGCCUAGCGCGGCGUUAGCUUAGCUCUACGCUAGUCUAGCCUACCUUUAGCUUUGCCAAGCCCAGACACGGUCUGUUUUAGUCUGGCCCAGCGUCAGCAGCUAAGCUCAACGUUAGACCUAGCCGUUAUUCAUCUGUCCACCGGAGCACCCGAAGAUCGCCCAGAGAGACUUGCGACUAGAUGGAGAACUCUGGAUGAACAGAUGGAGUGACGGACAGAGAUGGACUGAUGGAUGUUUGACACGUGGUUCUUUUUAUCAGUGUGUUGACUGUGGACAGACAGACGGGGAGGGCAGAAAAAGGUGAACACUGCAGUUAGCGCUUUGAUUGACGCACUGUUACAUCUCGUCACACUAUCAUAUCACGUCACACCAGCGCGUGUGUAACAGCCACACACUUCAGUACAAACUUAUAUUUAACGUUUUUUACUUAUUUGUUAGUAUGCUAACUACACGUCUGUCUCCAACACUGAUCCAUCAGUUGGAUCAGUGGUCAACAGAGUAGUCACUACACACUGGAACGAAGCAUCUGCUACAUUAGCAAACAUUACCUGCUCUUGUACAUAAACAUUAUUAGGACACAUCAAUGUCCGUUGCAAUUAUGAUUCUUCAGGAGUUCCUUCUAUUACACAUUCUCAGGCUGUAUCUGUGUGUGUGUGUGUGUGUGUGUGUGUGUGUGUGUGUGUGUGUGUGUGUGUGUGUGUGUGUGUGUGUGUGUGUGUGUGUGUGUGUGUGUGUGUGUGUGUGUGUGUGUGUGUGUGUGUGUGUGUGUGUGUGUGUGUGAAUGAACAUCACUGUGUGUGUAUUAAAUUUCUCAUGUCUUCUCACACUACACCUCUAACACACAAGAACAAAGUAAUCAGAUGGCAAUGUGGCAAUGUUUAACAUUUAGGAUAGAAUUACUCAAUAUAACGCCCACACAUUAUUAGUGUCAUUUUUUCUAUUUAAAAACUGCAUAAUUGGAAAAAUAAUGCAAAAUAAUAACAAAAAAAUUAGUGCUGCAUUUUAUCUUUGUAGAAAGGUGUUUUUUGUGUUUUCACAAAGGUGAAUUGGUUGAAAUAAAAGGGUAAAAUGUCGGUUUAGCAGAACAUUUGAGAAGGUGUAUGAAGGGAGUCGUUUGGCUGUUGGUCAGUAGUGAAGGACUGAAUAACUGAGUCACUAAGUGCUUUGUUUAUUGAGACAAGGAGCUUAUCUCAUACAAAGAAUAUGACUCAGCUAGAUCUUAUUACCUGUGGAGCUUUUCUCUGUUCGUCUACCUCUUCCAUUUCGUCCACCUGUCUGCCUCUGCUGUUUGGUAUGAUGCAGUGCUCCAUAGUGUUUCCAGACCAAAGGCUGUUUAGGAUGUUGGAGGCUGCUCUGCAAGAUGUUGUAUGUUAGGACAGAACACAGUGGAUUCUGCGUAUUUUAUGAACCUAAGGCAGAGGUUUCAAACAGCUGGCUGGGGUCAUUAACGUUACCCUUUCCCUCUUUGUGUUUGUAUUCAUAUGCAAGGAAUCCCUUCACUUAGCUUUUGAUUUUUAUUAAUAAUGUCUUCAUUGCAUGUAAAUUAGAAGUUAAACAGCACUAAUAAGAAAACUGAGAAGACAGUCAGUACAAGCUGAGUCACUCUUAACAAACUGGAGAAAUGAGUGUGUAGCAAAAAUGACAGAGCUCCAGGAGAAAACAGUAAAACCUUGAGCUCUAGUGUAAAGUAAUAGAACAGUAUAAUUAAUGUUUUUCUUAACAGUCUUAACCAGAGAAUAUUCUAUUCACUAUUUAGAUAAGAAACCUUUUUCGAACAAUGUAAAUCAUUAUCAAAAUGUUGUUUCAGAUACUUUUCUGACAGUCAAUUAAUCAAAUAAUUGUAGAUACCGAAUACUGGCAGCAGACUUGGAGAUGUUCCUCAGCUGCACAGUGUGUGUAGUUGAUCUCUAUACUGUGUAUGUGACCCCAGCCCUCUUCAACAGGUGGCCCCCAUGUCAUUCGACCUUGAAACGUUUGCUCGAAGGCACACGCCUCAACAUUUGCUUGAAGCUAUCAUGCAUAGAUGUGCUUCAUGAGCACAGGUCUACUGAGUUACAGAAUCCCACUGGCUUCUCUGCUGCGGGGCCACAGCCAAAGCCUCCCCAGCACGCAGCAAACCAAAUCACCGCUAGACACAGAGAGGUGAGGGAGACGAGGGAAGUGUGAGAGAGACGGAUCCGGGCAUGUUGUCAGAGUUGGACAUAGAGUGAUGAUAGGAAAGGAAGGGAGGGAGGGAGUCAGGUGAGAGGAAAGACGGGGAGAAUCGUGAGAUGGGAGGUCAAAGAAAGUCAGAGAUGGGAAACAGGAAGUUAAGUGAUGAAGGUGAUGAGUCUCAUCAGGUUCUAACAGGACUGUGGAGCUCUGAGAAGUUGUUCAUUGUAAAAAGCUUUCAUGGUGUUACGCCAGCCUGUCCGUUUGAUUCUGAAGGUGUCGUAGCACGUUUUUAUGCUAAAGUUCUGUUGGAGCUGUUAUUUAUUACAUUUUACUGCUGCUACCUUGUAUUGCUUUAGACGCUGCUGUCACCUCUUUUCCCCAAAGGACAAAUACUUUAUUUCUUUUUCGUCAAAGCCAAAUAAGUGAAAUAAUGCAAUGUCUGUGUGUGUUUGUGUGUGUGUGUGUGUGUUACCAAAAAACAGAAGAGCAAGUGUGAAGAGGGCAAAAGCAUGUGAGAGGUGGUGAAACAGAUCAGAUGAGUAGAGUGAGGUCACCUACACAGAAACACAUACCUCACCUGAAGCGUAGCCCUGUGUGUACAGGAAGUAGUUAUCACAUGUAUCACAUCGUCACACUACAACUGUACAGAGUCAAUGUGGGGGGGGGGGGGUCUGUCUGUCUGUCUGUCUGUCUGUCCUGAGCCUUUUCUCAGUCCAUCCAUCCCUCCGUCUGUCCACAGAUCAAACACAAGCUUGACAACCUUGACCGUCGCACCAAAGGUGUCCACAAUUUAAAUAUACAAAAGAGCCACCUUGUUAUUGUUCUGACUAUUGUUAUUGAUAUUAUAAUUGAUUACUCUUGGCUAUGGUAUAUAUGCUCUCUCUAUAGCUAGUGGGAGAGCGGACGUGUAUGUGGGGGUGUUCUAGCGUAGCAGUGCCAUGUGUGUCGUAUGCUAAACAGGGGAGACUGGUGGACUAACACACGACAAAAGCCAAGCAGAAAAACCUGCCGACUCAUCUUUCUUUGUGAAUCCAACUCACCUGGUCUGUGUCAGGAAUUCAGCUUGGCUCGGCUAAGUGUUCAUGUAGCUCAGCUGGCCGAUAGGAUUUUACUGUGAUGCCGUGUCUUGUCCUGUAGACAACCCAAUUUAUAACAGUUGCUAUGUCAGAGAGAACAAUGAACAAGAAGCCUUUUUAGGAAUACUGUUUUUUAUUGUCCAUGUGUAGCCUUUUUAAUGUCUCUAGUUUCAAGUAGUGGCCAGCCUGCUGUGGACAGGCCUCAAUAAGUCCAGUAGAAGUGCUCCAGAAAAGCAGUCUGAAGCCUUGGCUGCUGCUGCUGCUGCUGCUUGACACAGGCCCUGUGAGCAGACGUUGGUAUGAGUUGGCACCGCUUCGUUAGCUUAGCGUUUGUCCACUUUUAAUCUCCAGGACGUGACCUGGAACUGAUUUGAAGCUGCUGUUGGGUUUCCCGUUGUCCCGCUCCCAGGGCCGCUCGGGGUGCGACUGCUCAGCCUCCCUGCUGCACCUCUGUGUAACCUGAAUCUGGUGCUUAGCGUCCAUCAGCUGUACUGCACUGCCAGCGCAGCCCGAGGGGUUUGGCGUUAACACACUAUUUGUGUGUGUGUGUCAGCUGGACCCAGUCUCCCACUGUCAAAGUUCUGUCAUAAAGCUGAUGUGUAUUUUAUUACAUGUGCACACACACACACACACACACACAUUCACUCCUGACUGUGCUGUUGUAUGGUGUGUUGUAUGUUCCACUCAAACACCUCGUUCAAACACACACACCAAAUGUACAAAGUUCUCCCAAUCAGUGCUGGCUGCUGCCAACAAGUGGCUUUAUGACUUUAUGUGUAUAUUAGCUGCCAGGCACGAGGCGUCAGAAAGCUAGUUCACAGCGAGAACCUGCAUCGUGCCUGGCACCGAGCGUGUGCGUGCGUGUUCGAUGACCCCAUCUGUAAGUAAACCAAAUAUCAUUUUCACUAUGCAGUCAUUGAAACCAUGUCGGCUUGCUUCCACUGGGCAGAGCAACCUCCUGUACAUACACAGAUCUAUGGACAAGCUGGCGUUGGCGGCCGUGACCGGUCCUCGCCCUCCUUCCACUGCGUUUCACCCAUUUCAGCUAGGUCACAGAGCAGAGCCUGAGCAAGAGAUGUGUUUUGAAUGAGCUGACAAAUAUUUAAGGAUUGUAUUGGGGGGGGGUUAGACUGGGGCUUGUAGUUCGGGGCAAGAUACAGAUCAAUGCUGUAAGUAUAUCGAUUGCAUGUUAUUGUCACCGCUGUAACUGCCAUUGUUUUGUUUUCUUUUGAGACAACGAUCGGUUCGGGUGGGGAUGCACAAAACUUUAUCCUAUUUAUGAUUUGUACACAUACAGUGUAUUGUUUCUGCAGAGAUGUUGAAUUUGCUGUUCUUUUAGGAAAAGAUACACUUUUAUGCCUUUUUCUUUGAUGUUCUCUGUCAAUUUUGCAAUAUGUUUUAAUUUGGACCCGUCUCUAAACGAAGAGGAGGAGGAGGAGGUGUUUGUUAGAUCCAUGUCCUAUUUCCUGUGUGUCCUCUUUCCCAGUUAGGUGCGUGAGCGAGCGGAGUGUGUGUUUGUGUGAGAUGUUUAUUGGUUUACCAAAAGUCUUUAUUGAUGGUGAUUAUUAUUGUUGUUAUUAUUAAUAUUAUUAUUUUUAUUAUUAGCUUUUAUUUUGGUCCAUUUAUUAGUUUUUUUUAUUCUGAUUACUAUUAUUAUUAUUAUUAUUAUUGUUGUUAUUAUCAUUAUUAUUAUUAUUAUUCAGGGCAAAGAUGACACCAAAUUGAACAAAGACAUAUUUGUGAUCCCAGACACUGCAAAUGAAGAGUGUCUUUCUUUUGCUGGUGAGGUGGAGCAGCCUGUUUGUCAUCGUUACGCUGUAGUGUCUCUCCAUCUUAUUAAACCACCGCCACCUAAAGAUAAACUGAACUGAGAGUUUAAUAGUAUUUUGUAUUACUGUUAUUAUAUGAUUUUUUCCUUUGAUCAGAUAUCAUGAUCGAUUUAUUUCUUGUUACCCCAGUUUGGGUCAUAAUUUGUGUGCUGUUUUAUUCUUUUCCCUCCAUCCCUUUUAUUUUUUAAUUUGCUCUUUUUUGUGAUUAUUAUUAUUAUCAAUAUUUUUUAUUUUUUCUGGUUUGUCUGAUGCUGUAAUAAUGAGCUGAUUGGUCAAAUACCAGAGCUUUUUUUUUUUUUCUAAUGCUGAGACUGAUGUUGCACUUGCGAUUGGCUCAUUUUGGUUUUGUUUUGUGUUGCAGAUUUGGGAUUGUUGUGCAGAAAGGAAAAUAUUGUGUGUUUUCCUUAUUUUCUUGAAGUCACAGCAGUUAUUUUAUCAAUCAUUAUAGAUCUGUGACACAGAGCAAGAUAAUUAUUCAACAGUGUAUUUUUUUCACUGGUAUUUAUUUAUUGGUUAUUUGUAUUUUUUGUUUGUUCUUAUGUGUAUUGCUUUUUUGUGUGGAGGUCAAGGAGGACCCAAGGUAGAGGAGUAGUUUCUCAUUGGCAUUUUAUCAUGUGUACAGAAAGCAAACUAUUGUAAUCAGUCGUCACACACUAACAGUCUAUGAAGCGACAGACGAUUUAAUUAAGAUUAAUGGCUUUACUCUUGUCAGAUUCUGGACAUUUAUUAUAUCCUUUACUGUUCACCACCUGUAAUUACUAAGAUAAACCAACGGCACCAUGUUGAACUCAUUGCCAAGAACUCAGUUAAAAUUCGUGGAGAGUUUUUAAUCAUUCUGAACUGAACACCAGAUUUCAUCUGAUCCACUAUGACAGUGGCCCGAGUGGCUUGUUGGUAACCUCCAGUCUGUUAGUGAGGCGGGACUCGCCUGCUGGCAUUGGUGGCUGUUGCAUGAGUUUGCUGGUUUGCGGGGGGGGGGGGGGCUCGUCUUUAGUCACCACUGUUACAGAUCAGAGGCUUCUUGUAUGUACGUCACCGUGGAUUUGUUGUCUGACAGUUGUAUCAAUCAACACAGCUUUACUGCCUUUUUCUUUCAGGCUGUAUUUUAUCCCCCACCCCCCAGUCUCAUUUCAAAAAGAAUAAAUGCCAUUAUAUUGUGAAUACCUCAGGAUUUUUUUGGAGAAAAAAAUAAUAAAACACUUAAAAAUGACAUAAAUAAAUAAAAACUCAUAAAAAGUU